ACCUGAGACAGAAGGAAGAAGGGAUGAAAAUAAUACAAAGGCUGGAGAGCAGCAUAAAAGCAAAGGUGACACAAACUCAGCGAUGGCAGAGGGAGAAAGAGAGAGAGAGCCUUCGAGGAAAAGCCACAGAGAAGGAAACGUGCUGAACUAAAAGAGAAAAGAGACUGUGAUACCCAGAGAAGUCACCUACAGACACUAAAUGGAUACAAGCUCAAACACACUCCCCGAAAAGAAAGAUCCAAACGCUCACCAUGACAACACACACAGAAUUCAGUCACACUCAGAGCACCACUGGACACAAACACACAUGCUCCAACAGGUCGUCCACGCAGUCCUUGGACUCGGGUAUUUACGUGCACAUGAGGAUCGAUUUUGAUGAUUCUCUGCCAAGCACAGAACUGGAAGACACAAAUGAUCGCGAAGAAAAUGAAAGUGACGAUCCAGAGUCACAUCUGGUCCUUGGUGCUGCUGGGAGAUUUAAAGGUUCCACCUCUGCUGUCAUUCCUGAGGUGGACAACACAAAAGCUCUGACAGCUGUUCCUCCACCACUACCUCCCAAGCGUUACCAGAGGUCACCUGCAACCGAGAAAAUGAAGGUGAUUGACCAGGGUCCAGAAUUGAAAGCCUUUAAUAAAGAGAAUGAAACCUUGAACUCACUGGAUUACCAGACGUCUCCUUUGUUGGGUGGAGUUGAAGGCAACAAUGAAUAUUCAGAUCUUGUCACUGGGGACAUACCUGACAUUCACAACAACUGCACAUUUGGACUUUUACCAAAAGUGCAGCCAAAAUGCCCAAUAGAGCCUCCUCAAAGACCUCCUCUUAAACCACCAAGAAAACCUCCACGGCUCAACAAGCCAAAGUGGACUGAGACAGAAGAAGAAAAGCAGAGAAGGCAACAAGAGGCAGAAUGGAGGAAACAUGAAGAAAGGACCGGAGACACGAGGAAGCAAGAGCAAGAUUUAGCUGACAGAAAUGAUAAGAUGGAAGAGAAUGAAGAAAUAUCUGGAAUGGGAAGUCACCAGCAUGUGGGUAAACCUCAGCGACAGAUCUUAGUAUUAUUUACUGACAGUGAGAAAGGUGGAGAGGAAGGAGAAGACAGCGGGACAGAAGAUGAAGAUCCAAGUAAUAAUUUGUUGACUGCUCCUACCAUGACCGAAGAUUCAUCCCAGCUAACCCCAGAUGAAAAACCUGAUGUGGCAGCAACCACCGGCAACUGUGCAUCUGCGCUUUCACCCGAACCAACGAUUCCACCUCAGCCUCCACCAAAACCACAUCAAAAACGUCCCCCCAUACCACAGUAUGGGAAGGCAGAGGAUGCACAGGAAAUCUCUGAGACACUUCCAGAUGGAGAACUGAAGCAAACAAACCAGAGGCCCAAAGCAAAGGGAAAGGUGAAAAAGCUUGCCAAGAAGGUGAUGGAUAAAUUAAAAGAGGGAAGAGAGGAGAAAAGAAGGAGCAAAGCUGGAGAAAUGGAAAUAGAAGGAGUACCAGAGGAUGAUAUUGAAGGGACACAGGAUGACAGGAGACAUGGGGAGGAGGGAUGGAUGACGGCUGAGGAUGAAGAGGAAAGGGAAGGGAUGGACGAAGAUGCUGUGGACCAAUCAGCUGUGACAGAGACACAUCACCUCAUGGAGAGCAGGAUUAGAAGAAGAAACGGAACAUCGAAAAGUCCUUUCAGCUCCUUCAAAGUGUGCAGUCCAGUGAAGCUGGUGGAGGAGCUCCUGUCAGGUGAGGAGUGGUCCCCGUACCUCACCUCCAAACCUGAACCACCUUCAGAGGCCACAGCACAGCCCAGUGUGAACCUCCAGUUUAACACCAGUGCUGAACUGGACCUGACUCUGGAUGUGUUUGAAGGCAGCCCGGCCGUCACUGAAGAGGAACCUGUCUAUGAGGACAUAGACCUAAGGAAAGUUAUCAUAGAGGAGCAACAGGAGAGGAGCAGGGCGCCCUCUACUGCCAUACCAAAGAUUUUACUGGAGAGUGACAACAAUCAGAUGAGCCUCAGGACCAAAGACAUUUACGACACAGUGGAGUUUAUCCAGCCUGUGCAGCCCCCAGACACUUUCGACCCAUUUCCUGAUGUUAAGUGUCAGGCGGUGCUGGACUGUUCAGUUCAGAAAUAUCUCAUCAAGCUGAGCAAGAAGAGGAAACACAGAUCAGCAUGGAAACAGAAUCGGAACAGAAGUCACGCAGAGAACCUCACCCUGUUUCCCUCCUCCACCGCUUCACAAGUCUUCCCCACUUCCAUCUUCUACAACAUCCCAGCUGCAGGAGCAGAGGGGGAGAACAAGCUUUCCACUGUCAAAUCUGGAGGAAGCAGUCCCAGAAGUCUGCCCAAGAUAAAGAUGCCUCUGAAGGAUAAAACCAUGCAGAGAGCAGCUCAGCCAAAGGAGGGCAGAGGAAAGUAGAGGGGGCUUCAGCCAUUUUAUUCACAGUGUGUUUAAUAUAUAUACAACCUUUAUUACAAUAAAGCAAAACUAUGUUGAUUUUUUUUUCUUUUGGAGCUUUGUGUAUAUUGUGUACAGAAAAGGUUUUAUGGUAUUUCAGAUAGAUAGACAGACAAAAGAGAAAAAAGGAUCAACUGCCUUCUAAACUUUGAUUUCCUCCAAAUCACUUUCACCCCUUAAGUCCAUUCUGUUGCAAUGUUGACUAAUAAUAAUGAUAAUAAUAAUAAUGAUGAUGAUGUGACAAAUGCCAUAUGUGUAGUACAGUGUAGUGUGGCUACUUGUCUAAAGGGUUAAAGUGCAUGUUAAUAAAAAGAAGUGUCUUCAUUACUUCACUGUCCCAUUGCUGCAGCAUCUGAGUCCUGAAUGUAUCAGCAAAUUUAUUAUCAAGCAUCGCAUUAGAAAAGGCUGAUGACAACAAAAAAAGAUUUUAAGAGUUUAAUAUUUUACACUCACCUCAGAUGCUUUUUGCCUUUUUUUGAAACAGUUCAUUGCAUUUAAUGGAAAAUUGUAAAUUGUAAAGCUGUGAACGAUCCAGCUCUACAUGAUCAGGUUCUUAUUGUCCUCUGGUAUUUUCUCUGUUGUCUGUCUGAACUGUCUAAGUGCCCAGUGGGUCCUUCCUGCCGCUCACGCUGCCCCGUGGCAGCUGAGGGUGCCACUGGAAUAUCCAUCACUGCCACUGUUUGAGCCAGGCCUUACUGAAGGCCCAGCGUCACUGUGGGCUCACGUGUUCGGACUUCAUGCUUGAUAUUUAUGUAACAUUUCACAUGAGUUGCAAUGUGACGUGAUUGGAAGAUAAAUAAUCUUAUUACUUUAAAUAUACUGAUAACUGUGAUCCUCCUC